AUGAUUAUUGACAAGUUCUAUGAAGGCCUUGUGGGCAAAUUAACACAAAUCGGCAAAAUAAAGGAAAUGUCCUCAGAUCUAUUACAUAAGACAGACAAUUAUGAAAGGGUGUUGUUCACUUAUGAUCUCAUCAAAAAAUACUCGACUUUUCCAAAAGUGGACAAGGUAAAAAAAUCUGAAAAUUUGUCAUCACAACUUCGUAACCAAGGCAACCAAUGUUUCCAAAAAGAAAACCUAUUUGAAGCAUGGCAAUACUAUAAUUUAGCACUUCUGUAUGCACCGUUGGACUCCGAUAAAUUCUACUUGGCUAUUUCAAAUAGGUCUGCAGUGUUCUAUGAACUCAAGAAGUAUAAUGAAUGCAUUAAAGAUAUUGAGCGUGUGCUAAAAUAUGAUAUACCAGAAUCCCUUAGAGAAAGAUUGAAUAAACGUCAGGAUAUGGCCGAAACUGAAUUACUGAAAGAAAUGAACCUUAAUAAAAAUGAUUAUAAUGUUAAUAAUGACAGGUUGAUGUUAAAAGGAGAAAAGGAUUCUGUUUAUUUGUGCUCCAGCUCAAAACUGGAAGUUAGAUUCAGUGAAGACAUGGGAAGACAUGUUGUUGCUAAAGAAGAUAUAAAAGUUGGAGAGGUGCUAGCGGACGAGGAGCCGUAUUUGAAUUUAAUCGACGCCAAACAAAUUCUCUUUGCUUGUAACUACUGUCUUUCUCGAGACUUGAAUUUAAUGCCGUGCGACAGCUGUUGUUUUUCAAUGUAUUGCAGCGAUGAAUGUAAAACAAAAGCCCACAAGGAGUAUCACAAGGCAGAAUGUCCAUUAAUGGCAACCCUCAUUGACAUGGACUUCACAAAACUUGAAUGGACUGCUUUGCGAAUAGUCAUUAAGGCUAGAAGCGACCAUGACUCUUGGAGCAGCCUGUUCUCAACCAUCAAAGAAGCCGAAUCCACCAUUGGUACAAAACUACAUGGGCAGGUUAAAAUAAAUGGCAAAUGGGUGUACGAUUCAAAACAUUAUGCUGCCAUUCACACAUUAGAGACAAAUGUAGAUAAACGAUCAGUUUCAGACAUAUUUCUAAAAUCCGUAACCGCUGCAGUGUUUUUGAGGUUCCUAGAGGAAUAUUCUACUUUUUUGGAGCCUACAAAUGAUGAAGAUAAGGAGAAAAUUAGGGAAGUCGUAGCUGGUACUCUGCUGUUACAUAUAAUGACGGUGCCGACAAAUGGUCAUAAUCUCUCAACAAACACAGUCAAUCGUCUGGGAAAGUAUACUGAAGAAGUCAGUUUGGCCAGUAAUGUGUAUGCCUUCCACAGCCUAAUUAAUCAUUCCUGUGCGCCAAAUGUGGUCCGGUUUGGUACUCUGGGCAACACAGCAACCAAACUGUUGGCUUUGCGACCUAUUAAGAAGGGCAUGCAGCUAUUUGAUAACUAUGGGGCGCAUCAUGCACUUUUAGAUCUCAUGUCAAGAGCACAAUCCCUGAAAUUUCAGUACAAGUUUGUGUGCCACUGCGAGGCUUGCAUCAACAACUGGCCGUCAUACUUUGAAUUGGGCCCCUCGACGUAUAUGCCUGUCAAUUUACAAAGAACUGUGGGAAAAGUACUGUCCAGGGCCACCAUAGAUUUACUGGAGAGAGGCGAUGAGAAGACUGCGAUCAAAAUGUUUGAUAAGUUAUGUAGUUUGUGCCAAGAAAUGGAAGCCUAUGUGCCAUGCAAGGAGGUCUCCGACACUGAAGAGGCACUAAAACAGUGCCUAUUUAUAAUGGGAGGACUUCUGCCACCUGGUCGUAUUCAAACCAUACGAUGGAAUGCGGUGCCCAAGUAAGACACUAUUAACGAAAUUGAUUUAUAAGUAGAUUGCGGACAUAAUUUUUUAGGGUAAUGUCAAAUUCAGCUGACAAACACGUCUGAUAUUGAUUUGACACAACCCACCAAAUAACGUAAGUACUAGCUACCUGUGAAUCAAUUUCUGUGAUCAUACUCCCCGCGUUCCACUU